CGAUUUAAUAAUCUCGUCUGAACUGACCUUAUGGUAACGCUGAACGCAGGCAAAGGUAAGUUGUCAAUGUCAAUUGUCAGACAUUUUGCGUCUGGCAACAAAUGUUAUUUUAUCUCAUAAUUUUAUUUAUUUCAAUAGCAAUAGACUUAAUUUAUUGUCUUGUCUCCAUCUCCACUUGUAUUUUGUGUACGAUAAUUUAAUUUUGUUUUCUAUUUUACAUCUUUACUGUUUAUCGCGAAAUUGUGAUACCGUGACACGUAUAGGCUCGGCAUUGAGGUAAACUAAAAAUGUUGACUAUGAAUUGAAAUUUCUGUUCGAAGUAUCCUCUCAUAUUGCAUGCUGCGUUACCUUGACUACUAAGGAUGGAUCCCAAGCAAGAUACAUUCAAUGAGUCAGUGUCUUCAAUAUUAGAGCGGAAAGUUAGGGGGUGGUUAAGUGGAGUAAUUGAUGAUAUGCGCCGCAGCAGCCCUGUGCAGCAGUGGCUGGACUCCCUCCCAGCCGAUGGUGUCGACAAUGACACUGAAAAACCAGAUGAAGAGACCCUUAAAGAAGUCAAAUCAGAUGAUACCAAAGCAGAAUCUGUGACUGAUAACACAGUUGUUGAGGCCACUGAUGAAGUACAAGAAGAACGAAACUUAGAUGUACCUAGUCCUAAAGAUUGGAAAAGAAAAUCACUAGAAAGUGGGGUGCUUACAAGUGCACCUCCAGGUAAUGUUAGGAAACGGUUACAGAGAGAUCAUUCUGUUCAGUCUGAGGGUUAUUCUCCUAAACUUAAAAAUCCACUUCUAAGAGAUUAUUCCCUUCAGUCUGAUGCAAGUGGAUCUAGUGGCAGUUCGGUUCUGAAUGUGCUAGGAGCAAGAAAAGUGGAUGCCGAGUCAGUACUACUGGCUCUGGGUUUUGGACCUAGUGAGAAACAACAGAAACUACAAAGGAUACCUGAUAGAUUUUUAGUUCCAUCUAAACUGAAAGGCAUAAGUACAGAUAAGUUUAUCAAAGAUGAGCAACAUUCCAUGCGUAUGCAUGACUGUGGAGUGUUUGGGUACCGAGGAUUGACUGGGAAUCCCCAUGUACCACCGUCGACAAUUGUAGCUAAGAUAAUGGAGUGCAUCUUACAGGACGACGUGUGCCGCGAGGAGGCCAUGCUAAAAGCGCGGCAUUCUAUUGCGGACAUGCGCAGUCCGCUCGCCGCGCAUGUCGUGGCCGCGCGGCACUCACGCGCACACCAAUAGACGUAGGUUACUUUAACCCAAUACAGGGUAACUUUGGCCCAUUUGAAAACAUAAUAUAAAUGUGGACGGUCAGCUAAAACCAACCAGACGACAAUGUGUCAUACUUUCAAUACUAUAUAUGCAAUACUAAAACCUAUACCAAGUUAAUCCCGAUGGCCAAAGUUGCCCUCCAGAGACAAAGUAACUCGACCUUCUACUUAUAUGUGUUUCAAUGGGGCUCAAAACCGUCAAUUACUCGAUACAUAGGGCGCCCCUGAUUAGGUUCUAGGGUGAGGGUGCCGAAUUAUUGAGCCAUUGUCUCCAGCGGUUAUAGGAACAGGGCAUAUCAAGGCGGAUUGUGCGUUUGAGACGGCUUCAAAAUGUUAUAGACCGCCGGCGUACAAACUUUUUUUUUUUUUUUAUUAAAAACUGAUCGGCGAUUGGCUCUAGUCACACCUGAUGGAAAGUGAAGACAGGGCCUAAGAUGGAGCUCACCGGUUCAGUAGUAGCCUAUUCACUUUUGCUUUAAAGAGACCGAGCUCAUAUUUAUCAGGGAACUAAUUAUUUAUUCGUUAAACGUAAUGCCUAGCUAGGGGUGCCCUCUGCUAUGUGAUUUGAUUUUAACCUCAUUGACCUCUAUUCUCAAAAAACAAACUGAAAUCAACACUUUCAUCGAUCCUAAAGUUAGAAACUCAUAACAUAUUCAGUUUUUGUGUAGGUUUAGCGCCAAUUUGUUUUAUUUUUCUUGUAUUGUAUGAAUCGCGCAAUAUGGUUGUUUUUCGUAUGAUUUCCUAAAUAGUUCUUUGGGAUCCAGCUAGUGAAUGUCUGAAAACGAAUCACACUUGAACGAUCAGUUAAAAGUAAUUUCAACAGUUCCUAUAAAUCCCCAACAAAUUUUCAUAACUUAUCUAAUUUCAUGUAAUCGGCUCAGGGCCCAGUGUAAUGGGCUCUUACCUUAUCUCCUUUUUUUGUUUGAUGACCGUACUGUCUUUCGCAUUUCGUUAGGUAGUUGAAACAUGAACAUGAUGUGUAACAUGUUUUGCAGCUUUUGCUGUUUUUGUGAAAUGACGUUUAAUUUAAUUACAGUGACUUAUGUACUUUAUACUUAUUAAAUUUCAUCGUUUCAGGGGAAUUUGACUACAAACAUAAUAUUUAUUUAAAAAUUAAACUUAACAGACUGAUUCUUCAGUGUACCUAGUACUUAGAAUAAUAAAAUGUGAACUUAAAAAGAAACUUUAGCUACUGUAACUGUUUACUUAAAAUAUAUUUCGCAUAAUACUUGCCUCGGUAAUAAUAAUGUAAAUAAUUUUGGAAAAAACCUUAUUGUUAUUUUAGUGUUGUUAGGAAGUUCUGAAUAUUACAGUGACUCUUAUUGAUUCAUGCUACUUAAUCUCAAAAAUAGUUGGCACUUUUAAAUAGAACUUUGGUUUUUCACGUUCUGAUAGUUUAGUUAUAAGAAAUAAUAUUAAUUUAUUCUAUCACUAUGCAAUGAAAUCAUUAUGACAAAAUAACAAUGUGUUAUGUUUAUUAAUCAUGUUAAUAUGAGAUUUAAAACUUAUGUUAAAAUAUAGUAAAAUAUUAACAGUCAUCACACAAAACCUAAUUUAUUUGUUGUCUUACAUGAUUUCACCGUAAUGAUGUUCCUUCAAUAUUUAACAUUGGUAAGUGAUUUCUGAGUGUUCUUGUGUUCGAUUUCUAUAUUAGUCAGAAGUUAGCUUUAGGUUUUAGGUAUAAUAAAAUAUAGGUAUAGAGAAUUGCGUAGAAUUCAGUGACCAAUAUUGUAACAUUUACGUUUCCUUGUCACAUCCGGUCCGAAUUUGCAGACGCUGGUUGUUUGGUCGGACCUGUUGCGGUGGCUAAGCCCUUGCAAGUGGAUUUUAUAACUAUCAUAUCGCAUUUUAUGAAGUAUACGUGUAUUUUCGUCAUGUAUAUCUUUUGGCUGUGUAUAAAUAAACUUGUAUUCUGAUUUUCAUUAGUAAAAUAGUACGUUUAUGUGCAAUAUGAUUGUGAUUUAAAAAUUGUUGGCUCAAGAGUAUAAUUCUGCUGCCUGAAAUAUUACCGUUAGAAUGAACUGUUUAUCGUCAUUAAUUUACAUUCUGUAAAUUGAAGUGUCUUAAUAAACUGUUUACUGGCGAGGCCGACUAAAUAGUGUAAUAAUGUCGUAGAGGUCAGUAUAUUUAUAGUACAUUAUUGAUUUCAGAACAAUUAGGUGAUUAUAAAUAAGAUUAGUUCCUUCAAAAAGUUUAACAAAGAGGAUCAUUCUUACUAGAAAUAUUAGUACUUAGGUAGUCUAAAUAUAAAUCUAUUGUGUGUAAUCUUUAUUAGAGUUCUAUUGAAUUUUAAUAUGUGAAUUUAUUUACCCAAUUUCGAAACUUCUUCAAUGUACCUAUUUAUUGAUGUACUAUUUUCUGAUACUACUAUAUUCUGCCACUUAGUAUUAAGGAAUGUAGGCAUGUAUUUGUAUGAAGGAAGGUCUCUUUUCAUAUUUUUUGUGCCUUAUUUAAACAAAAAUAAUAUAUAACACAAAUAUGUCACAGUUUUGGUAACUUAAGUAUGAGUUGUUAAUGUUUAAGGUCAGUGUACAUCUGAUGCUUGGAUGAUACACGCCAGGCACGUGGUGCACGUCUACUCCUAUCUACGCAUCCGGUGCACACCGUUCUUUGUGACUUGUACCUACGCAGUUGAUCAUGAUAAAUCGGUAAAGUAGCAUUAUUAUCAUUGUAUACCUUUGACUUAGUUAUAUCAGUGACCUGAGUGAUGUGUUUAUUAUUGCUCAUAUAAGUAGUUUAGAUAAAUUAUGACUAAUGGUAAAAGGAGUAUCAUUGUGGGAUCAAAAAGCGUGGCAAAUAAAAUGGCUCAUGUCUUGA